UAAUUAUAGUGUUUUUCGCUGAGUCUUUUAAUUAAAUAUGAUAAUUGUGAAUUAGUGUUUUUCGAAAACUGUGUCGAUUCGGAUUCUAAAAUGGUUACGAUGAAUUCAUCAGAAAAGGUUGGGCAGAAAGCCAUUCAACAAGGACCCUCUAGAGAGUCGAAAUGUGUGAAAGAAGACAAAGAUAUCCACAAAGAGAAGGAGAAGAAAGAAGUAGCUAUUGCCAAUCUGCCGCCAAAUGUACAAGCUUUGAUGUCGACAAUACCUUCACCGGAAGAAUCACCCAACUAUCUGAUUUAUAAAAAGAUGGAAGCCAUUGUAGAGAAGAUGCAGGAUGAAACCACAGGUGUGCCGGUGAGGACUGUCAAGAGCUUCAUGAGUAAAAUACCUUCGGUGUUCACCGGCUCAGAUCUGGUGGCAUGGAUAAUGCGUCACUUUCGUCUGGAAGAUACCUGGGAAGCGCAGCACUUGGCACAUCUUCUCGCUGCACAUGGUUACCUGUUCCCUAUAGAUGAUCAUUGCUUGACUGUCAAAAAUGAUAACACUUAUUACAGAUUCCAGACCCCAUAUUUCUGGCCCUCUAACCAAUGGGAGCCGGAGAACACUGACUAUGCGGUGUACCUCUGUAAGCGGACGAUGCAGAACAAAGCUCGCCUGGAGCUGGCUGACUACGAGGCGGAGUCUCUGGCCAGGCUUCAGAAGAUGUUCAGCAGGAAGUGGGAGUUUAUAUUCAUGCAGGCGGAGGCUCAGAGCAAGGUUGAUAAGAAAAGAGAUAAAUUGGAAAGGAAAGUGUUGGACAGUCAGGAGAGGGCGUUCUGGGAUGUUCAUAGACCUAUGCCGGGCUGCGUGAAUACAACAGAAUUGGAUCCAAAGAAAUUGUCUCGUAUAAAUGCGUUAAAAGCUAGACGAUUACGUCAAUGCCAAGAAUUAUUGUUACAACAUAAUAUAAAGACCAAUCCGAUAGUAACAAUCACAAACCCACAAGAAAGUGAAGAGGAAAUACAGAAGAAUGCUGAAAUCAAUACUGUCAAAGAAAAUGGCGAGACAUCGGCAGUGAUAGAGCAAGGGGAAACCAUAGAGCAAGAUAUAGAGCAGCAGAUUGAGACAGCACGGCGACAGGUUGCGGUACUGAAGGCUCGGCUCGAGAGGAGAAAUGUACGCGUCAGUAAAGUGGCAGAUAUGUUUAUAUCAUUCUGUGAACAAUAUGCUGAAUAUGAUCCAUUCUUAACACCACCGGAAUGGCCCAAUCCAUGGAUCAAUGACACCACCGAGCUAUGGGAUCAAGAGAAACAAUGCAAAGACCCGUUGCCCUCCCGUCGGGUACGUCGCUGGGCUUUCGGUCUUCGUGAGCUUCUGCAGGAUACUGCAGGAAGGGAACACUUCGCCAAGUUCUUGUCUAAGGAGUUCAGUGGCGAGAACCUCAAGUUCUGGUUGUCUGUACAAGAGUUGAAAUCAUUACCAAUAAGUCGCGUUGCGUCUCGCGCUAAAGACAUAUGGAAGGAGUAUCUCGCAGCGGACGCGCCCUCACCUGUCAACAUUGAUGCUGCCAGUCGAGAAUUGACAAGAGUGAAAGUGGAGUUGGGAAAACCGGAUAGAUAUUGUUUCGAUCAAGCACAGGCUCACGUGUAUCAUUUAAUGAAGUCAGACAGUUAUUCCAGAUAUCUGCGUUCAGAAAUGUACAAAGAUUAUCUGAAUGGAGCUAAAAAGAAGACAUCAGUGAAAGGGAUCAGAUCUAUAGUAUCUUUUACAGGCCGUAAGGAACAAUCUGCCAACUAAAUGUACACGAUUUUGUCUGAAUUCAGUCAUUUAUAUUGUAACUAGAUUUAAAAAAAAAGUACAGAAAAACUAUCAAAACUCAAUUACAUUACUUAUAUAUGUCAAAAAUCGCAUAUUUGUUAUGUCACGUGACAGCUGUCAGUGUUUCAAUGUCUAUGGUAGAUAUUAUCUGUGUUUCAUUUGACAGUUGGUGUCAAAAUGAUUUGUAUUUUAGGCGGUUUACAGUCUGACAAAGUUAUAACCCGGUGGAAAUAAGUGACACUUAUUCUCCCUUGACCCUCCCGACAAUGUCACAAGAUUCAUGUCGGACUUUAACUGUAAUG